AUGCCGAAUCCGGCGCAGCCGCCCCGCCCCGUCCUCCAAGAACCACUCCAGCUGACCUGCCUGCUCUCCGCCAGGAUGCAAGAAUUUUAUGUCAUUUUCAAGGGGCCAAAAGAGACUCCCUUCGAAGGCGGCACCUGGAAGGUCCAUGUCGAGCUCCCCGACCAGUACCCUUACAAGUCUCCAAGCAUCGGCUUCGUCAACCGUAUAUUCCACCCCAAUAUUGACGAGCUAUCCGGAUCCGUCUGCCUGGACGUCAUCAACCAGACCUGGUCGCCCAUGUUCGAUAUGAUCAACAUCUUUGAGGUCUUCCUGCCGCAGCUGCUGCGGUAUCCGAACCCGACGGACCCCCUGAAUGGGGAGGCGGCGGCGCUGCUCAUGCGCGAGCCCAAAAGCUACGACGCCAAGGUCAAGGCAGAGUACGUACAAAAGUACGCCAACAGCGAUACGACCAACGAAGGGGGCGCCGAGACCGAGGAUGAUGACGACAUGUCCUCAGUCGCAAGCUUUGGCGACGACGACGACGAGGAGCCGGCCGGCAAGAUGGACGAUGUCUGA